AUAUUUUUAUCUCCACUUAUUCUCCUCUCCACCGCUAUCUAUUAUUAUACAAACACAUACACACAGACAUGUAAAGCUAGCUAUCCAGCAACGUGACAACGUCCCUUUCUCGUUGCAAGACUUUCAACUAUAUAUAUAAUUCCACAUUCAUUUUGACAACCCAUUUCAGAUCUGACUCUCAGUUUUUCUGAAGAUCCACUAGGUGGUUUUGAUUGAUUUGGUUUUUAAAACUUUUUUAUGUUGUGUCUCUAUGUGCCUUGGGCUUAAGCAUAUAUCCGAAUCUGUUGAAUUAAUGUGUAAAGAUCUAACAAGAUUUCUUCACCUAAUGAACGUCUGUGAGAUCCCUUUUUGAAUAUAUACAGAGUUUAGUUGUAACAGUAAGCACUUCAUAAAGGGUGCUGUUAAUUUUUAUAAAUAUGAGGGGAAGAUCAGAUGGAUCGCAAAAGAAGCGGUUGCUUACUUCUUUAGGUGUGGUGGCAAUCAUUCUUCUUUGUAUGUAUUUAUAUUUUGGCUCUCGGAGCGAUGGUGAGUCGGCUUUAGAAUAUGGUAGCCGCUCUUUAAAGAAAUUUGGAUCGUCUUAUUUGGGUGGUGAUGAAGAUACUGAUCUUGGCAACAAGCUAGAUGAAUCUUCUAUCAAGUUGGGGUUGGAUGAUGGAGAAGAUGGUGUUGUACCAAAGAGCUUUCCUGUUUGUGACGAUCGACAUUCAGAGCUGAUUCCCUGUCUUGAUAGGAAUCUUAUAUACCAGACAAGACUCAAGUUGGAUCUUUCUCUAAUGGAGCACUAUGAGAGACAUUGUCCUAAUCCUGAAAGGCGUUUUAAUUGCUUAAUUCCCCCUCCCCCAGGGUAUAAGGUCCCGAUUAAGUGGCCAGUAAGUAGGGACAAGGUGUGGCAAGCAAACAUACCUCACACUCACCUUGCACAUGAGAAAUCUGAUCAGAACUGGAUGGUUGUUCAAGGUGAUAAGAUAGUAUUUCCUGGAGGAGGCACUCAUUUUCAUUAUGGAGCUGAUAAGUACAUCAAAUCACUAGCUAAUAUGCUCAACUUUUCAGCCGAUGAAAUUAACAAUGAGGGAAGACUACGAACAGUUUUGGAUAUUGGUUGUGGUGUUGCAAGCUUUGGGGGCUAUCUUUUACAACACGAUGUACUAACUAUGUCUGUUGCACCUAAUGAUGUGCAUCAGAAUCAAAUUCAAUUUGCUCUGGAAAGAGGAAUUCCUGCAUAUCUCGGUGUUUUAGGAACACAGAGGCUUCCAUACCCUAGUAGAUCCUUUGAACUUGCCCACUGUUCUCGCUGUAGAAUAGAUUGGCUGCAAAGGGGUGGGAUUCUUCUACUUGAAUUAGAUAGGUUGCUCAGACCUGGAGGCUAUUUUGCAUACUCUUCGCCUGAAGCAUAUGCACAAGAUGAAGAGGAUCUUAGAAUAUGGAGAGAGAUGAGUACACUAGUGGAGCGAAUGUGUUGGAAAAUAGCUGCAAAACAGAAUCAGACUGUCAUAUGGGUAAAGCCUUUAAAUAACAACUGUUAUAUGGACAGAGAGCCUGGAACACAACCCCCUCUUUGCAAAUCCGAUGAAGAUCCUGAUGCAACCUGGGGGGUAAAAAUGGAAACGUGUAUCACCCCAUACUCUGACCAUGAUCAUAGAACUGGAGGAAGUGGACUGGCACCCUGGCCAGCACGUUUAACUGCUCCACCACCACGUCUUGCUGACUUCGGCUAUUCAAAUGAUAUGUUUGAAAAGGACACGGAAAUUUGGCAGCAUAGGGUUGAGAAUUACUGGAAUCUAUUGAGUCCAAAGAUUUCAACCGACACAAUUCGGAAUGUGAUGGACAUGAAGGCAAACAUGGGUUCAUUCGGAGCUGCUUUGAAGAACAAGGAUGUGUGGGUGAUGAAUAUCAUCUCUGAAGAGGGACCAAACACUCUUAAGUUGGUCUGUGAUAGAGGCCUGAUCGGUUCAAUUCAUAAUUGGUGUGAAGCCUACUCAACAUACCCCAGAACUUAUGACCUUCUCCAUGCCUGGACUGUGUUUUCUGACAUUGAGAAGAAAGGCUGUAGUGGCGAAGAUCUUCUAAUUGAGAUGGAUCGCAUCGUCAGGCCAACUGGUUUUAUAAUUAUCAGGGAUAAACAGCAUGUUAUUGAUUUUGUUAAGAAGUAUCUUACAGCAUUGCACUGGGAAGCAGUGACAACUGCAGAUACCUCUACAGAGGUGGACCAAGACGGAGAUGACAUUGUAUUUAUUGUCCAGAAGAAAUUGUGGCUCACAACCGAGAGCCUUCGAACUACAGAGUAAGGGAAAAUGAUCCAACUCGAUGUUCAUACUAUACUCGGAGACCUGACAAGCAGAUCAGAAGGUUAUAUGGGAUUAUUGAAUUUAAUUUUGUAGCAUUACACAACAUUUGUUGUUUCAUUAUUGCCUUUUGUUUUAUUCAUUACAAACUUCUGAGAUAGAUGAUAAAUUAUAGUCCACACCAGCAACUAUAGGUGAUUCUUCAUUGUUUACAUCAAAUGUUCACAAUAUGAACUUCUAAAGGGAGGGUGCUGUUUGUAUAAACCCUACUUAUUUUACUUGGUACGAUUUUGGUCG